AACACUGCUGCAGCGGACCGGGCUGCAGACAGGGAGCCGGUAGUCCGCGGAUCAUCGAUCAGCCAACAGGAUUUCUUAAAUCUGUCACGAACCUGUGCGCUAAAGAGACCAGAUUGACUAGGAAAAUGUAUUGAUCUUUCAAACAAUACAAUAUCGGCGACUGAAGUCCAUGGGAAAUCUGCAAAGUUGCUAGGAGCAUGGUGUUUCGCACUUGUCUGACAUUUUUUAUUUUACUUUAAAUAUUGUUAUCCACAAUCUCUCGGUUCCUCGCCAUCGCCGCCGCUGCCUCCAGGUAAGGGAUGGAUCUCCUUUUGUUCCGUCACUCGGCAGUUCUCUCCCACUGGGACCGAAUGUGAGGACCAGUGCUCGUCGAGGAUCCAGACGCGCUUUUUCUCUGUCCGCGUUACCUCUCGGCUAGAAGUACCUCUUAUAAAGCCGGUGAUAAAUGUUGCAGCAGACAUGAGUUUUGGAAACAGAUUUUUCCUCGCUUCACUCUUUCUUGGAAUUGUCCUCACUCGCUUCAGCCAUUGCAACCAAGUUGUGCUGCUGGAUACGACGUCUGUUCUUGGAGAGCUGGGAUGGAAGACGUAUCCUAUCAACGGGUGGGAUGCCAUCACAGAGAUGGACGAGCAGAAUCGGCCAAUCCAUACUUUCCAGGUGUGCAAUGUGAUGGAGCCCAACCAGAACAACUGGCUGCGCUCCAACUGGAUUUCUCGACAGGCCGCCCAAAAGAUCUACGUGGAGCUUCGCUUCACCCUGAGGGACUGCAACUCCAUCCCUUGGGUGUCUGGCACCUGCAAGGAGACUUUCAACCUCUUCUACCAUGAGACUGACGAGGCUCACGUUGUCAAAUUCAAGCCCCAACAGUACACAAAGAUCGACACCAUUGCUGCUGAUGAGAGCUUCACUCAAAUGGACCUCGGAGAUCGCAUCCUCAAGCUGAACACUGAGGUGCGUGAGGUGGGACCCAUGACCAAGAAGGGCUUCUACCUGGCAUUUCAGGACAUUGGUGCCUGCAUUGCCUUGGUUUCAGUGAGGAUUUAUUAUAAGAAAUGUCCGUUCACGCUAAGAAACCUGGCCUCAUUCCCGGACACAGUGCCUCGUGUGGACUCUUCCUCUUUGGUUGAGGUGAGGGGGGCUUGUAUUGACCAUGCUGAAGAAAGAGACACACCCAAACUGUUCUGUGGAGCUGAUGGAGACUGGCUGGUGCCCCUGGGAAGAUGUGUCUGCAGUGUUGCCUACGAGGAGUUUGAUGGCUCUUGUUCUGGUGAGUUUUUCAACUUUUUUAUUUUAUUUUGCAUUUAACUCAUCAAUGCUAUUCUUGCUGUACUGAGAA